AUGAGUGAGUGAGUGAGUGAGUGAGUGAUUUGUGGGGUGGAGGGUGAGUCACCCCCUCCCCCCCUCCCCCCUCCCUCCUUGAAGGUAUAAAGCCGGGCUGGCCAGCUCCUUCUGGCAGAGAAGAGGCAGAAGCGGAGCUCCGAGGCCACCAGACGUCCAAGCAAGACCCAGAAAGACCCCCUGAGUCCCAGCCAUGGGUCCCUCCCUCCUGGCCCCCCUCCUGCUGGGGCUCCUGGCCCUGCUCUGCGCCCAGGCCGCCCCACUCCAGGACCCCAGCGGACCCCUGGUCAUCGCCUUCCCUGGAGAGAUGGUCAGCCAGGUGUCCGAGAAAGACCUGGCCAAGCGCUACCUCUACCGUUACGGCUACCUGGAAGGGUCGGGGCAUCUGGCCGGGCAGGUGACGCUGGACGAGGCCCUGAAGAAGAUGCAGCGGCGGCUGAGCCUCCCGGAGACCGGGCAGCUGGACGGGCCCACGCUCAGCGCCAUCCGGGCCCCUCGCUGCGGGGUCCCCGACUUCGGCCACUUCCAGACCUUCCAGGGGGACCUCAAGUGGGACCACAAGGACAUCACCUACCGGGUGGUCAACUACUCCCCCGACCUGGACACCGACAUCACCGAGGACGCCUUUGCCCGGGCCUUCCGGGUCUGGAGCGACGUGACCCCGCUGACCUUCACCCGCCGGGAGAGCGGUGACGUGGACAUCCUCAUCAUGUUUGGCACCGACGAGCAUGGCGAUGGCUACCCCUUUGACGGCAAGGACGGGCUCCUGGCCCAUGCAUUCCCUCCGGGGAAGGACCGCUUCAGUGGAGAUGCCCACUUUGACGACGAUGAGUUCUGGACCCUGGGAACUGGGAUUGUGGUGAAGACCUACUACGGGAACGCCAAGGGCGCCUCCUGCCACUUCCCCUUCGUCUUUGAGGGAAAGUCCUACUCCACUUGCACAACCGCCGGGCGCACCGACGGCCUCUCCUGGUGCGCCACCACCGCCGACUACGACAAGGACAAGACCUAUGGCUUCUGCCCCAGCGAACUUCUCUUCACCUACGGAGGAAACGGCAACGGGGAGAAGUGCGUCUUCCCGUUCAUCUUCGACGGCAAGUCCUAUGACGGCUGCACCACCGAAGGACGGGACGACGGGUACCGAUGGUGUGCCACCACUGGGAACUUUGACCGGGACAAGAAGUACGGCUUCUGCCCCAACAGAGACACGGCUGUGGUUGGGGGCAACUCCCAAGGCGAGCCCUGCGCCUUCCCCUUCACCUUCCAGGGCAAGAGCUACUCUUCCUGCACCUCCGAGGGCCGUGAGGACGGGCGGCUCUGGUGCGCCACCACCAGCAACUACGACACCGACAAGAAGUGGGGCCUGUGCCCCGACCAAGGAUACAGCCUCUUCCUGGUGGCCGCCCACGAGUUUGGCCAUGCGCUGGGCCUGGAGCACUCCACCGUGCGCGAGGCCCUCAUGUACCCCAUGUACACCUACCUGGCCGACCUCCAGCUGCACCCGGACGACAUAGAAGGGAUCCAGUACCUGUACGGGAAGGGCUCAGGGCCGCAGCCCACGCAAAGCCCCGACAUCCCGGACACGGAGCCCCCCACGGAGGCAGGCGACUACGACGACGCUUCCACCACGGACGAGGACGGCUCCUCGGUGACGCCCGUGACGGAGACCACGCCGGUGGAGCGGCCGGAGGAGGACGCCUGCACGGUCCCGGGAUUCGACACCGUGGCCGAGAUCAAGAAGGAGCUGCACCUCUUCAAGGACGGGAAAUACUGGCGGAAAGUGGCCAAGGGGUCCCUCGAGGGUCCACUGCGCAUUCAGGACACUUGGCCGGCCCUCCCCAGCACCAUCGACGCCGCCUUCCAGGACCAGCUGACCAAGAAGGUCUUCUUCUUCGCAGGGCAGCGCUUUUGGGUGUACCAGGGGACACGGGUCUUGGGCCCCCGGAGCAUCGAGAAGCUGGGCCUCGGGAGAGACGUCCAGAAGAUCGUGGGCGCCAUCCAGCGCAAGAACGGCAAAGUCCUCCUCUUCAGCGGAGAGCAGUUCUGGAGGCUGGACGUGAAGGCCGAGCGGGUGGACAAGGGCUUCCCACGCCACAUGGACUCUCUCUUCGCGGGGGUCCCUCUGGACGCCCAGCACGUCUUCCUCCACAAAGGGAAAUACCACUUCUGCCAGACCCCCUUCUGCUGGCAGGUCAAUGCCCAGUACCAAGUGGUCAAGGUGGGCUACCUCAAGUACGACGUCCUGAAGUGUCCGGAGCAGCAGUAGGGCCCGUCGGCCGGACGCCAGGGGACCCUCCUGUGCCCCCUUCCUGCCCCAAUUCUUGUGGCCCCGGGGCCUCUGGGCCCUUGCCCCUUGCCCAUUUAGCCCCAGCUUGGGCCACCAGUUCUGGGAGACGGCUGCCAUGGGAUGCC